UCUCAGCAAGCGCCUGCCUGACCGAGACUGUAAAUCAACAAUGGCUCUCGAAUCUACAGUUCAACUCCAACAAAAUGACGGAAAUAAGACUCCAGAAAAGCCUGUAGAUAGAGAAAAGACCUGUCCGCUACUGCUUCGAGUGUUCUACAACACAGGAAGGCACAAUCCUUUAAAUGAGUAUGCCAGGGGAAACGUCCCUAACAAUGAACUGCAGAUUUACACUUGGUUGGAUGCCACACUGAAAGAACUCACUAGUUUAGUGAAAGAAGUCAAUCCUGAUGCUCGAAGGAAGGGCACGUUCUUCGAUUUCUCCAUCGUGUAUCCAGAUUCCAGAUCCCCCACAUACAGAAUGCGGGAAAUUGGCACCACUUGUUCGGGGCACAGAGGAGCAGAUGAUACUGUCAGUUUGCAGGCAAAGAGAUUUGUGAUCGGGGACUAUAUUGACAUUGGGAUCACUCCUCCAGGGCCUCGCGGGCCUCUCCGACCAGGAAAUAUGGGUCGUAGAGGUCGCCCUUACUGAUUCAUGAAUUUCAGAGGUUUUUGAUGUUUGAGUAAGGAGAUUUGCAGCAGUUUCAAACUAAAUAAAACUCAUUUAAAGGAUGUUUCUUUUUUAAAAAUAUUUUCGGGGGGAGGGGGGAAUUUAGAUUAUAUAUAUUUACGACUGAACUAUCGGUUUGGGUUGAUCUGUAAAUAUUAAUAAGCAAUUUUGUAGCCUUAGUAUGGUAAAUUUUAAGGGACAAAGUGUGUUCCAAUUAGUUUACUUUUUUACAUGUACAUCUUUAGACCAUUUAAUCAUGUUUCCAGUCAUCAGAGAAUAAAAUUUAAUGCAACA